AUGAACCGCAACUGUGCAGCAUCUAUGAGUGUUUGGACAGGGGCCUGCUGGAGGAGGCGCGAUUGCUUGGCCUUGCGGCCUUGCCAUGAGUUCACUGUGACAAGCUCGAUUUCUUCUCAGUCUCUGUGCACGGAGAUCAGUGGUGUUCAAGUCUUAGCCUGCAUAAACUCCAGUGUGCCCUGUGUCAUGCACGAGCUUGUGCAGCCACAUCCACAGGAGGAGGACAAUCCUUUCAAGCUGCCUCCUGAUGACCAAAUCUUUGCCAUUCGGGAGAAGGAAAGGCAGAGGCGUGCAGAGGAGCGCGAGAAAGUCAAGCAGCAGCAUGUCUGGGAGAAGGUGACAUCAGCAUCAAGGAUUAGCCGGACUCGCCGAGUAGAUGAUGGCAUCGACGACACCCAGGUCGCAGCCGAAGCUGCACGCAAAGCUCGAUCGGAUCCCCGCACUGAAGGCUUGCCCAUCGGCCGCGAUGCCCGCAGAGAGAAGGAGAACAUAGCCGACUUUGUGGCGAAGAAGCGCGAAAUGUUCUUGGUUCAGAUGAGCCUAGAUGUCAAGAAAGCUGAGAUUCUGAAGCUGGAUGCCAGAGCAAAAGACAAGGAGGAGGCCUUGAACAAGUCCAAGCAAAUGCUUGACAAGGAUGUGGAAAGGUUUGACACCUUCCUAAGUACCAACGACUCAAAGGCUCAUGCGGCCAUGAAAAAUGCUGAUGAGACUGCCAAGCAAAAGCAAGAGCGGGUGGGCCGAAUCAAGUCAUUGAAGUCACAACUGAGCGCCAUUCAGAGCGAGAUCGCCAAACAUCGAGAGCAGAAAGAUGAAUGUUUGAGGUUCAAAGACUUCCUUGUCAAUCUCACGCCGGGCGAGUGGAAGGAGCAGAAGCGAGAGGAAAAGAAGCAACGCAAGCAUGAGCGACGGCGCAUCGCGGUGGAUGCCAGGAUGGAGGAUAUUGAAGAGAGAAUGCAGGCAGAAAUCGAAGCCGAAGAGCAGGCUUUCAAGGAAAAGGAGGAGAAAGAGAAGAAAGGUCGCCGUCGCCAAAAAAAGACAGAGGAAGACGAGCAGAAGGAGAGAGAGGCUGAAGCACGCCGGAAGAGGAUUGCCAGAAAGUAUCCAACAAGAGACCAGGUUGACAUGGAGUAUGUCGAGUACUCCAGCGGCGAAGAAAUGCCGUUAUACUUUCAAGAGCCCAAGCAGCUCCUCGACAUUUUCACAUCACUCGAGGAGUCCAACCUCUUUCUCAUACAAAACUCGCAGGACACAGAGCAGGCCCUGGAGGAGCUGGAUCAAAAGUUUGCAGCCAUGCGAAAAACGCGAGAGGCCAUGAGCAACAAGAUGAAGCUCCAGAUCGGGCAACUGGAGCGUCAAAUCACCGACGAGAAAAGCAAAUGCGACGAGCUGAAGCAGCGGCCCAGCUGCACCAUGACUGUUAGGGCGAUAUCGCAGAAGCACGGCGGUUCCGAAAUUGAGGACCUGCUGGAGAAGCUCGGGGAAGGCGUCCAGGAAGUGCACAGCAUAUGCACCCACGAGAACCAGGAUGACGGUGACACGUUGCAAAUGUUGGCUCGUAUUGAGUCCAAGCUCGAGGAGUACUUAGCCUAUCUGGAUGAGGCAGAGGAAUCCGGGCUUGGAGCUCGGGUCUUGGCAGAGGAGCAUAAGAAGGAGCGGCAGAGAAGAUUAGACCUGCGCAUGAGUCGCAAAUUGCAUCAAGAGAAGAAGAUUGAGGAUCGGCUGAAGGCGUCGCUGCAUCGAUCCCAAGCUCCCGUACACAAAAAGGUUGGCAAGCAGAUCAUGUUCCGCUCGGCCCCGCUCUUCCAAGCACGUGCGAUGCCUAGAGCAUCAGGGCAUCCACUUUACAUGGCGAGACGUGUCGUGCAAGAGGAUGACGGUUACGAGGAGGCAGUGCGUGAGCACAAUAUUUUCGGAAUCUGGCUGGACAAAGAGGGAGUGCCGAACGCGCAGCAACCAGACCCUUGA